CACUCGAGCUGAGAGCAAAGAAGCGCAUCCUUCUCAUGGCGGCCUCCUCGUCGUCGGCGGCGGCGGCGGCGUUGUCGCCGGCGAUCUCUCUUCACCUGCUCCGGCCGCUCCCGUGCAGAGCCGUACUCCUGUCCAGGCAACGGAGGCCAUUUCCAUCGCCAAGAGCUGGCUGCCUGGCGGCGGUAAGAGCUCAGCGGCGGUGGCUCCGGUCGCCGGAGAUCGGCCGGUGGAGGAGGCGCGGGGGCUACGCCUGCCUCUCCUUCAACUCCGGCAAUAAGCCGCCUCCGCCUUCCAGUGAGAAUUCAGACGAAUGGCCAAUCCUUCGCCGAUGGGAUGUGCCGUGGGAGUGGCAGACGGUGGUGCUCACCAUGGUGGGCUGUGGAGUAAGCUUUGUUCUGACAGGAUUGGUUGAGCAAUCGGUUUUGACGUAUGUGGGGUUUAGAGCUGUCGAGGCAACGGUAGAUCAGAAGGCAGAAAUACUUUUCCUUGGACAACUUAGCGUGACAGCAGUUGUGCUGGGUGUUGUAUAUGGCAUCACCAAUACCUUCCGACCACUGCCAGAUGAUAUAUUUCGUUAUGAUAUUAAAGAACCAUUCAAGCUUCAAAAUGGCUGGCUUCUGUGGGCUGGAGUUGGUCUCUUUGGCGCUAUAAUUUCUAUUGCUUUAGUUGGGGUUGCUAUGACUUAUCUGAAUGGUGAACCUCCAGAAAGAGAGACUGACUCGUUAGUUCUUUUAUUGCCAUUAAUCGGCUCAUCAAGUGCCAGCACUGCUUUUCUGGUGGGCAUUACUGGAGUUCUAGCACCAAUUCUGGAGGAGACUGUGUUUCGAGGAUUUUUAAUGGUGUCCUUGACUAAGUGGUUUCCUACUCCAGUUUGCAUACUUGUCAGUGCUGCUCUAUUUGCCUUUGCUCAUCUGACACCUGGACAAUUCCCACAGUUGUUUAUACUUGGUGUUGCGUUGGGUUUUUCAUAUGCUCAAACCCAUAAUCUUCUAACUCCUAUCACAAUACAUGCAUUUUGGAACUCGGGAGUAAUAUUACUGUUAACCUUUCUUCAGCUGCAAGGGUAUGAUAUCAAGGAGCUUUUGGGAGCAUCUUGAAGGCUUUGACUGAUCAGCCUACGGCUUUGUGCAUAUGCUUUAGUAACUUGAUCAAAGAUACUUGAAAAGAACAAUGGGUUCUCCUUUAUUUUACUGUUCUCUGUAAUUUCAUGUUUCCCGUAACUCCCAGAAGUAAAUUACGAGCGAAAUAUAUUGUGUUUGUACUCA